AUGCCCGGGCUCACUCUCGCCCAAGGGCGCAUGUUUGGGGCGUUGUACGAGUCAAUUUUGUUUGGCAUCAACCUCGUCUUGCUCUGUGCAGUGAUCUAUGUGUACCUCAAGGAAAAGAAAACGACAUGGCAGCAACGAAUGCGUUUAGGGGCUGCUCUUAUCGUGUUCAUGAUGUGCGCGGCUCACCUGGCAGCUGUGAUGAGGGGGCUUUAUCUCGCGUUUUUCGUGUCCACAAAGCCGCCCGAUGUUUUUUACCUCGACCAUACCCAGCCGGUCGACCUGACACAAAAGGCGGUCUAUGCGGUCGCGACAUUCUUUGCUGACGGGUUGGCCUUCAUCAUCUUCGAUGGCAGGUGGCUGGUGGUGGCUUUCCCCAUCCUUUCACUCUGUUCGACAGUCGGCCUCUGGAUUGCGCUCAUCCGAGCAUACCAUGACUCCGCUCCUGGCACUACACUCUUCCCUCAUCCCGUCAACCAGCUCGCUGUUGCUGCUUUCGCGAUGAGCUUCAUCACCAACCUCGUCAUAACCCUCAUGAUCGCCGUCCGCAUAUGGCUCACUCUGCGCCGAUCCAACUCUCUCGGCCUCUCCACGUCGUUUUACAAGCGCUUUCUGGCUUACUCUGUCGAGUCUGGCCUCCUAUACCCCGUCGCGCUUCUCAUCACCGCCAUCAUGUUCGCGACAGACGACAACGGGCUCGAAAUCCUCUCGGGGUCGAACACCCAGAUACUAGGGAUAGUGCCCUCGCUACUUGCCCUCCAACUGCGUCUAAACCUCAGUGCCUACAAUAACGCGACGAUCAAUCCCGGAGCGAAUAGCAGGGCCGCCGUGCGCACUUUGCAGUUUGCCACUGAUGAGGGGCCGUCCGUGGCCUCGGCCGAUGACGAGAUAGACAGGAGCCACAAACUGGACGCGAUCCGUCUCGACCCGACCAAAUCGGAGUCGGUGGGGUCGCGCACGACUGGAGGUAGAGCCUCAGACUUCAAACAUGGAGAGGGCAGCGAUCCAUAG